AUGAAAUACAUCAUAGGUAUAGGGGGCGUGACCAACGGUGGCAAAACCACUUUGACCAACCGGCUUAUCAAAGCACUUCCAAACUGUUGUGUUGUCCAUCAAGAUGAUUUUUACAAGCCACAAGAUCAGAUAGAAGUCGGGGAAGACGGCUUUAAACAAUGGGAUGCGCUGGAAUCGUUGGAUAUGGAUGCAAUGGUGAGCACGGUGCAGGCGUGGAUUGAGGAGCCAAGGAAGUUUGCCCGUUCCCAUGGGGUGAACGUUAGGCCUAACUCUAAAGAACCCGUCCCAGAGGAGAUCCACAUCCUGGUCAUUGAAGGCUUCCUGCUUUACAAUUACAAACCACUGACCGACUUGUUCAACAAACGCUACUAUCUGACAGUUCCCUAUGACGAAUGCAAGAGGAGGAGGAGUACACGCCAUUAUCCUAUACCUGACCCACCUGGUCUUUUCGAUGGACACGUGUGGCCCAUGUAUUUAAAAUACAGGAAGGAAAUGGAGACCCAUGAGGUUGAUGCUGUUUAUCUGGAUGGCUUGAAGUCCAGAGAUGACCUGUGCCAUCAGGUCUUCGAAGAGAUUCAGAACAUGCUUUUCAAUUGUUCAUAG